AUGAAGGUCAGUGUUUCUCUUCUUCUGUUUUGCUAUCUGUCACUGAGUGAUGGAGAAAAGGAGCUGGAAGUUUUAGUGGCCAGUGAAAAAAAUAACCAGCCCAACAUCUGGACUGAGGUGAGAGAAGUCAGAGACAUGAUGGUGGAGCUCAGAGUCAAGCUGGACAUGACGAUGAAAGAGAAUGCAAAAAUGGCAGAACAAAUACUGGAGCUGAAGAAAGAGAAUUCAGACAUGAAAGAGAAAAUCAAGAUCAGUGAAGCCCAGCUGGAAAAAACAAAGCAAUUCAGGUCAGAACGACCAAAAGUGGCCUUUUCAGCCGAUUUGGGGAUUAGUGAUGAUUUAGGACCUCAGUCUACUGAGCACACACUUGCAUUCAGCAACGUCUUCACAAAUAUUGGUAAUGACUACAACCCAGCAACAGGUCUCUUUAUUUCUGCAGUUAAAGGGCUUUACUACUUCAGCUUCACUGCAUGUGGUGUUCAAAUCAGACAGUCAAUGGGUGCGAGUUUAUUUAAGAAUGGGCAGAAUAUUGUGUCAGUAGGUCAGUGGCGUAACUACGAUCAGCACAGAUAUGCAUCAAACGCAGCCGUCCUGCAGCUGGAUGUGGGUGAUGUGGUUUGUGUCAAGCUUCUACCACAAUACACCACUUAUGACAGUCCAGACAACCUCAGCACCUUCAGCGGAUUCCUCAUUUACCCGAUGUAA